AUGGAUUACACGCAUCAUAGAUAUGAUGCGUGUAAUAUCCAUGACACGGGGGCUAUUAUACCCCCAUUACACCGCACUGUGGAUGCUCUAAACGUGAAUGCUCAGGAUCCAAGUCAGCCGUUUGUUUGGUGCUGUUUUGCUGGCGAGCUUUUCACUGGAGGUCAGCAAACUGCUCCACCAACUCUGGCCACUCCAGACGUCCUUCUCUUUCCCGGGGUCAGCCUGAUUGUACUCAUCAAAGCGGUGUCUCCUCCUUUCACCAUUCAUCAGUACCUUAACACUCCCAUCAUGAGGUGGUUCAUUUCAAGAAUAGCAUUUCCCACAAGAAGGGAGUCAUUAUUGGGAUCAAAAUGCCAUCUCUUCUCGUUGCCCCGCCAAUCGACAAGAAACCAUAUUGCUGAUGGUUCUGCAGGAACUACCAAACCAGCGCUGUUUGGCUGCAAAUGUGCAUCGAAAGGGUAUUAUAAUGAACAUUUCAUGAACAGGCAGAGUAAUGGCCAUGUCUAUACUUUUCCCAGUUCUGGCAUUGCUGGCUCAAGAAGCAUUCAUUCGAGUGUCAAUCAGAAAACUGAAUAUAUGGACAUAGAAAUUAUCUCCAAGGAAGAAAUCAAGCCAGCAUCUCCAACUCCCCCUGAGUUGAGAACCUUUAGGUUUUCAAUCUUGGAUCAGCUUACUCGUGACUCUUAUACAAAUAUAUUGUUCUUUUUCUCCCCAAGAAAACAACAAGGCACUUUUCUCAACGAUGUUAUUUCCCAAAGAAGUCGAUGUCUAAAGGAAUCACUAUCAAAAACCUUAGUACCCUUCUAUCCACUAGCAGGAAAAAUCAAAGAUAAUUUGCAUAUUGAGUGUAAUGAUGAUGGAGUUUACUACGUCGAAACUCAAACCAAUAUUGGACUGUUAGAUUUUCUGAGGAAGCCUGAAAAUGAGUUCAUGAACCAGCUAUGUCCAUUUCAUCCAGAUUCCACGGAAUUAUUGUCAAAAAGUUAUCCUAUCAUGGUUCAAGUAAACAUGUUUUACUGUGGUGGUAUUGCCAUUUGCUUGAGUGCUUCCCACAAGAUUUUUGAUGGUCUCUCAGUUUCUACAUUUAUGCAAUCUUGGGCAGCUACAGCACGCGAAUCAACGGUACAAAUAAAUCCCAGUUUUAUUUCAUCUUCCUUAUUUCCUCCCAUUUUGGAUAUGUACCAGGAUUCACCUCCUGUGGUCUCCAAGCCACAAAAGAACGAGCCUAAAUAUGCUACAAGCAGAUUUGUGUUCGAUAGCUCGGCCUUGGCUGCUCUUAAAUCCAAGGCAGCUACAUCAACAUCUUCCGCGAAACCAAGUUCAGCCAAGGCUGUUAUGGGACUUCUAUGGAAAUCUGCCAUAGCAGCUUGGAAAGUAAGGUCUGUUUUGUUUAUCCCGGUGAAUCUGAGGACAAAAGUUUCGCCCCCUUUAUCACCUCAUUCACUAGGAAAUAUCAUCUGGUUGGCUCGUGCUAAAUGUUGUGACAAUCCUAAGCUAGAGCUGGAAUUGCUGGUAAACAAGAUCUCAAAUUCCAUUGGUACAAUGAACGCUGAUUUUGUUGAAUCUAUAAAUGGUGAGAAUGGGAUUCAGAAGCUGAUGGGAGCCUUAAAAGAUUUCCAUGGAGUGUUCUAUGACCCUAAUAGUAUGGCUGAAUGUAUCUAUAUCAGCAGCAUCCGCAAGACUGGUUUUUAUGAGGCUGAUUUUGGAUGGGGAAAGCCCAUAUGGACAUCCAUUGCGCGUGGAAACAGAGAUUUACACGGAUUGGGAAAUAUUGCUCAUCUGAUCGAAACAAAAUCUGGUGAUGGGAUUGAAGCAUUGGUGACCAUGAAAGAAGAGUACAUGGCUACACUGGAGAAAAAUCAGGAGCUUCUCCAUUAUGCUUCUUUAAAUCCUAGCCCUCUUGAUUCAAGCUAG